AUGAUUUACAGCAUUAUUUUAGUUUGUUUGUUUUUUCGAUAUGGGUUAGAAAUUAUAUUCAUUAAAAUCCAGUACAAAUGGCUGCAGUAGAACUUGAUCCUGUGUUUGUGAAGGCAUUGAAACUACUGCACUCAAAAAGCCGAGACUCAGCUGAUCAACUGUGCCAAUUGUUGGAUGAUGCUAUUGCACAGAGGAAAGGUCAAAAGUCAGCAUCACUUGCAUCAGAAUCCAAGACUUCAAAUAAAUCUACACCGAAACACCAAGAUGAAGAAAAGUUAAAAAAGAGAGAAUCUGAGAAGAGAUCACUGGACAAGCUGAAGAAAGAGUUGUCAGAUUCAUCAGAGCAGGUUCCAGUGAAGAAAGCACGCCAUGAGGCACCACAAACUGUAAUAAAGGUGAAGGAGGAAGAACCACCUCAAGAGACGAGAAAAGAGGAGAAGUCAUCGAAGGACCGUGAUAAAGAGAGGAGGAAGGAAGUAGAGAGAAAGGCAAAGAUAGAGAAAGAGGAAAAGGAGCGACAAGAAAAAUCAGAUGACAGUGAGGAUGAAGAAAAGAGUAUUGAUGCAGAUGACUUUGCAUUUGAUCUGGGAAUUGCUUGUGUUGUGUGCAAAGGCUUUGAUGUGACAUCUGGAAAUCAGCUUGUGGAAUGUCAGGAAUGUCAUAACCUGUACCAUCAGGAGUGCCACAAACCCCCAGUGACAGAACAGGAUGUCAACGACCCGCGGUUUGUAUGGUACUGUACCAGAUGUACCAAGACCAUGAAGAAAAUGGCAUCCGCCUCCAAGACGGUUAAGGGCAAGUCAUCAUCAUCGUCAUCAUCUUCCUCCUCCUCCUCCAUGCUGUCCUCCUCUAAGGAGACAUCUAGUCUCAGCACCUCGGGUAGCAGUAGCAGUUCCAGCAGCAAGAGUAUAAAGCCUGACCCUUCAACUCUCUUCAGCUUCCGCAGGGUCGAGGCAAAGUCAUCAAGCUCCAAGGAACAAACCAGCAGCUCUGGAAAUCGGCCGCUGAGUGGCCUGGCUAGUCUGGCAGCCAAUCUUUCUGGAAAAAGUGAUCAAGGUAAAUCAAUGACCAGCAGCAGUAGUAGCAGUAGUCGAUCAGAAUCUUCCUCCAAGUCCACAGUGAAAUCAGAGCCUUCUAAAACUAGUUCUAAACAUGACCACUCGGAGAAAACUUCAAGCAAGAGCAAGACCUCCGAGUCUGCAGUUAAGCCAGGUGGUAUCAAACUUGGUGUAGACAUAUUUAAAAACUUACCAACCAAAGCGGACCCUGUGAAGUCGAGCUCUAAGUCGAGUUCGUCCAGCAGUACUGGUAGUGGAAAUAGCAGCAGUAGUGCUAGCAGCAAGCAGAGUUCAGGAGGAUCCAGUUCUGCAGUCAACGCUGACAAGCGAUUACAGAUGAUGAAAAAGAAAGCAGCAGCAAAGCUGCAGGAGAAACGUUCUUCUUUAAGAUGAGAAACUAGAUGUAACAUGAAGUAUAAAAGAGAAUUUGGAGUAGAUAUACACAAAGGACCUGGGCCAUUAUUUACCUAAACAAUGUUAGGUAGUUCCCUAGGUUCAGACUCACUAUGUAUGACUUACAGCUCUCCUGUAAUGUAUAUGUGGACUGAUGACCUUUGUCACAUAACCUAAAAGUCAAGGUCACUCUCAAAGCUUAUGUGCACAGAUACAGAAUGUUUCAAUAAAACUACAUCUUUUUGUAGGUUAUACAUGCAUUGGAUCAAUAUGAUGUUAAAUAUUGUAAAAUGCUGUGAUGUGUCAUUUUUGUUUCUUUUCUUUUCAAACAUGUGCUUCAGUUGUUAACUUCUUAAUAGACUGUAUAGCCAUUAUUUUUUCAUGCAUCUUUAAAACAAUAUUGUUUUAUCAUCAUCUAUAAAAACAGACACAGGGGUAAUGACUAUUGGAGUAUUUAGCAUUGCAUCGGAAAUUUAAACAUUAAACAGUAUUCUAAUAAAAAAAUAAAAAUCAAAUGAUCCCAAACAGGGCUGUUUAUUGCUUCUAUUUCACAUGUCAAAUCAAAUAUUUUAAGUAUUUCACAUAUAUUUUCUAAUAAAAUUGCAUUAAGUAUCAAUAACAAAUUCAGAUAUGAUACAAACAAGAAUUUCUUUGUAAGGUAACUUUGGGUAAAACAUUAAGUCAUGUGGCCAUAUAAAAUUACAGCAAUAUACACAGCAAGUCUGCAGUCCUAAUCAAUUAUGUGAAAUUACAGCAAUAUACACAGCUAGUCUGCAGUCCUUAUCAAUCAAGUUCUCAUUAAGUUUCAAAAAACAGUUCUAUACUCCAAAAAUCAAAGGGCAACAUGAACAUAUCUAUUUUAAACAUAACAUACCCAUAACAAGUGUAUCUUUUAUCUUUGAAGCUACAUGUAGCAUCCAUAAUAUUCCAGUAUUCUGUUUUUUUUGGCCAUUAGCAUGGAAAUCUAAUCUUAGCUCUUUCUAAAUUUCCAUCACAAGUAAAUCAUCUAUUUAUAUAUUUUAGUGACAAGAUAUUUUCAAGAUAUAAUUAUGAUUGUAUUUUUGCAUUUGCAUUUGCAUUAUAAGAUGGACAGUAUUCUGACAAAACAUACUGAAGAUCAGGUUUUCAUGAAACAUUACUUAUUUUUGACAUUUUAUUGCUUUUUAUUCAAGAAACUUUGAAAGGCUAAAAAACCAUCAAGUUACCUGGCAGACACCAACAGGUGUUUAAUCCCAUCAACUUUUGUAGUUUAUAUAUGUAUAUACAUAUCAGCUGAACUCUAUGUGUCUUUUCAACAAAUAACAAGUCAUUUGGAUUGAUAGGUCUCGCCUGUGCCCUGCUUUGACCAUCAAUGCACAUAUCAGAGAAACUUACUUAAACGCAAAAAUUUAAUGUUGAUGGAGAUGCUGACAAAGUCAAUGGUCCAUGAAAGGUAGGCCACAUCCAGCAUUUAAUGCAUGGGUCGAGAUGUACUACCUAAGAUGCUGCAUCAUCUAUGGUGCAAGAUUGGUUGGUCUUGCACUUAUACUUUCUUAAUGUUGACGCCGCUGCCUGAAAAGCAACACCUUAGUCUUGCUUCCGCUACUUAGUCGCGCCGAGAAAAAAAAUGUUUUUUUCCCACACCAUCAGGUAGACAACUCUGUCUUAGGUAAGCUGACGUCAUGUAUAUGAAUUCAUUGAAAAUGCCAUCCGGCUGUGCAUUAAAGUUUGAAUACAGAUAUGCUACCAAGAUUGGCCUGAGGUCUGGUCCCACCUCUCGUGACUUAGUUUCUGGCUCUUAACUUUGAAAUUGUUGGCAUCCCAACCCCAGACCAUAUAUAGAUUUGCUGGGAUAAAGAACCUAGCACAAUCGUGAUAACAAAAUUGGCCAUAUCCCAAGGAACUUAAUAUGGAAACAGUUAAAGAUUGCCAUUUAUACAUUCCCCGAAUAGAAGGGACAAAAACACUUUACUUCUAGGAUUUGCAUAAGGUUUCGUAGGUCUUACCAUGGAAACAAGUUUAGAUCACCAACCCAUAAUCAGAUAUAUAAUUGCUAGGCAUGAAGAAAAGUUACCAUGCUACCAGAAUUGUUCUAUGUGUCUGCCCCCAUCCUUAGAGACUAAAUAAGGCCCUGAGUCAUUACAUGAAAAAAUUGAUCCUCAAUCUAUAAGAAUAUAUACCAUUACCGAGCAGGUAGAUUUAGAUAUAUGCAGAUACUUCUGGGUCUGGCCAACUCCCUGCAAUCUUAUUUGCAAUACUAGUUUAAUUGGAAUAUUUUGCCAUGAUUACUAGGAAUAUCUUGGUGAAUGAUACCGAACCUCAGGGCAGCUUUUUAAAUAGGCAUAACACUGCACCGAAGUGUUGUUAAUUAUAAAAUUGUACAUUGUUAAAGGUUGUUAAAGGCCUACCUUCAAGUAAGACGUAGGAUUAAUUAAAUUGAUGCAGACAUGUUUGUUGAUAUUCAUCAUGUGAGGAAAAAUACAUAAGAAGCAACAUUGACAAGUGAUGCUGACAGUUUCCAGUCAAAAAUAAAUAAAGAAUAACGACAACAAAAGA